AGAUCAUCACGUUAGGCGGGUCCUCCAAAACUAAAGAGCGGGCUCUUAGAUUUCAGAAAGUUGAAGGCCGCGUUAAAAUUCCGAAAUCGCGAAUUGUGUGUUAUAUUCAGUAUGCUUAUAUUGAAUGAAGUUGUGUUUUAAGCUGUGGUUCAUAUCAUGUAUAUAUAAAAGUCACUGCACGAUAGUUGAGUCCCCCUUCCGAAGUUGAUUUAAGAUUGGACUUCGGAUAUAGGAAGAAAAGAUUUGUUUAUUUUCUUAUAGAGAGCCGUGUAAUUCCUCUGCCAGCAUAUAUGUCAACAUUUAUUUGCCUUUAAAGGCGAACUGUACUUAUAUCGAACUCAAGAAAGUUUACAAUAUACUUAAGGGUGUUGGCGAUUAUCGUGGUAGUCGGUUUUUUUUAAAAACUCCUUGGAAAUCUGUGGUUUUUCAGAGAAGUCUGUUACGCUUCUGCUUAACACAUUGCUUUGGUGCAACUUUUGUAUGGUCAUGUGACUACAAAUAAAUUCUCUACUUAAAGCCGUUUUAUGAUAGAACACUGAUCAAUGUUUGUGGAUUAUCAUUCUGUGACGUCGUUAUGUUGACAUGAUUAUUAACGUAAACAUUGAAUUGAGACUGCAAAACUAUUCAUUAAGUGGUGAAAAAUGGGCUUACUUGUAACGAGUAAUAAAAUUACAAAUGCUCGGUGUUUUUGAUGUCGAUCUGCUACCACAGGAGCUUCCACAUACUACUAUUACAUCAUGCCUUUGCAGUGGUGCCGUUUUUACAGGUUCUCAGCGAUCCAAGGGUAAAAAGUAUAACGUGGAAUAUGUCGAUAUGAAGCAAAAAAUGGUGUACGGCUUUAUGAAAAUUGAGAAUUUGACCCAAGAAUAUCCAAGUCUGACCACAUAUUUUGAAGGAGAAAUAAUAAGUAGACUACACCCGUUCAUGACUGGUAAAUGGGAUGCUACCAUGGAAACAGAUGUCUUACACUGGGAAAAAAUACCAGCAACAAGUUCUCUAGGGAACUUUCAUAUAGAUAGUUUCGACUACUCUAUUUUAGAAACAUCCGAUACGAUAUUUAUGAGAUGGAAAGAAAAGUUCAUUGUUCCAGAUCCCGGGUUGAAACACAUAGAGGGAGCGUCAUUCGCUGGAUUUUAUUAUAUCGGAUUACAGAAAUCUAUUGGACACGUUCUAGGUUAUUACUAUCAUCUUAACUCAGAAAUGUUUCAAUCUCUCGAACUGAAAUAUAAACCAGAAAGCACACCGUCUAUUUUUCAGUUGCGUUAA